CCUGUGUUUUUCUAGUACAGAGAUAUGUCAAGCUCACAUGAGAUAAAAGGUUAAAAAAAAGCACACACAACUACAAGUACGCUAUAAAUAUCACGUCGCAAAAUCUCUUUUACAUUUCCAUAGAGUAUAACAACGGACAUUUAUCAAAGAGAAAAGCACUGACAUGUGGGAGUUUCUGGUUCCUGGUUCCGUUACGAGCACGUGUAUUGUCGGUCUGGUUGCUGGGCUCAUCGUGUAUUGGGCGAUACAAAAGUGGAAGUACAAGUAUCCACCAGGACCCUCUGGACUCCCUCUCCUAGGAAAUGCAUUGCAAAUCGAUCAAUCUAAGCUGCACGAGCAAGCGUUUGAAUGGUCAAAGAAAUAUGGACCGGUGAUAACUGUCGGCACAGGUCCUAUUCCAGUUGUCAUUGUGAAUACAAUAGAAACUGCAAUGGAAGUACUUGUGAAAAGGUCAACAGAUUUUGCUGGACGGCAACUUUCACCUUCUUUUGAUGUAUUAACAAACGGAGGGAAGGACAUUGGCUUUGGCAACUAUGGACCAACAUGGAAACUUCACAGAAAAAUUGCAUCGAAAGCUUUACGGCAGUACAUGCAAAGCGAUGCUUUACAAACCCUAGUUCAUGAUGCAGUCAAAACAGCUUUUUCUGAGAUUGACCAACUAUCUGGAGAGUUCGAUCCGUCAGAAUAUGUCAACUUUAUAGUUGGAUAUAUACUCACAGGACUUUGUUUCGGAGGAACGUACGAUUUCAAGGAUAAAGAGGUGCAAUAUAUACAUGAGAAGGAAGAAUAUGUUUUAAAGGAGCUUGGGAUGGGGGCAUUAGAAGAUUUUAUUCCAGGACUAAAAUAUGUCUACAAGUCCAACACAUUUAAGAUCGUGGAAGAAUUCGUGAAAGACAUUAUCGAUGGUUUUAUCACUAACAAGCUGAGAGAGGCUGAGAAAACAUUUGAUAAAGACAACGUCCGUCAUUUCACAGACAAUCUAAUCUUAGCCCGUGUGGAAGCUGUGGAAGAAAAGGGUGCGGGAAUACUGAAAUCACUAACCGACCAACACCUGGUGCAGACGCUGUCCGAUAUUUUCUUUGCUGGAAGAGACAGGUCGACAUUUACUCUGAAAGGUGCGAUACUACACAUGGUCGCCUUUCCCGACAUACAAGACAAGGUACAAGAAGAAAUUGACAGAACUGUUGGCAAGGAUAGACUUCCUGGCAUUCAUGACCGACCUAAUCUUAGCUACACGGAAGCUGUGUUGUAUGAAAGUAUGCGUCUGGGAACAGUAGGUCCAUUAGGAAUACCCCAUAUGACCAUUUGUGAUACUGAAGUUGCUGGGUACAGGAUACCUAAGGGAACAUCAGUUAUGGUCAAUCACUGGGCCCUACAUCAUGACCCAGACGCUUGGGACGAUGUUGAUCGUUUCAUUCCUGAACGUUAUUUAGACGAGAAUGGAAAACUUGGACCUAAACCAAAGAACUGGUUGCCAUUUUCAGCGGGAAAGAGAGUAUGUCUCGGAGAAUUUGUAGCUAAACCGCUGCUGCAUUUGAUCUUUGCCUGCUUAAUGCAGCGUUACAAGUGGAGAAUGAUAUCUGGAAAAUGCCCGGAUUUGACAGAAGUUGGCGGAAUAAAUGGUCUCGGCUACAAUUCUUAUAAGGUCAUCGUGGAAAAAAGAAUUUGAUAAUAUACAGAACAAAGAGGCUUAAAUACACUGCAUUGCGCUAACACUUUUCGAAAGGGGUUGGGAGUCUCACUGAACCUUGCAUUAACAACAAAGAUGACGGCAGUGAGUUUUUUUUCCAAAAUAAUGUGCUUUUCUUACACAUGCAGGAGAAGAACACCUGGUUAUAAACUUGCUACUUACGUUUUGGAACAUACCAGUGUUUGUGUCUACGUAAAAGUUGUUGUAGUUUUCCGGGAAUGCUGGUCACGAGAUUAGAAUCGAAGGAAAAUAUAACUAAAAUAAAGUACAAAGUUCAAGGCAUUUUGCUUUAAUAGUACUUUUUCACGACUAUAAACACUUUUAUCAUAUACUACAGGUUUCUGUUUUUUAUAUAUACUUACAAAACUAUCUGUCUGCUGCUAAUGAACUUUUUUUUUCAUGGUAAGGUUCAGUGCCCAGAAUCAGUGGGUAAAGAUUAGUGCUUUACAAACACAUUAUUGUAGGGGCUCACGCACCGGAGGUAAGCUAGGUACAAAGUAGAAGAAAGGCUGAAGGUAUUCAAUUUUCUCUCAUCCUGAUACCAGUUACGGUGUUACCAAUGGCAUAGUUGUAUAAUUAACGUUAUAUAUACAUAUGAUUUUAUUACAUUUCAUGGAAAAGCCUUGAAAUGGUAUAAUUACAAUGGAAGAAAAUGGUACCUAAAUAGCCUGACCGUAUUCUAACAGUUUACUAAACUUUGGAAAUGUACGACUACAAUUAACGUAAUGUGUUUAACAAAUAUUCCAGUGUUUGCUAACUUGCACAAAGUAAACUCUUUGUAAUCAGCAAUAGAUAAGCAGUAUAAAAUGACAAGAAGGCUGCUGUCCACUUCAUCACACCCAGCUGUUACCGGAGGAUUAAAUCAGAGAUCUUUUAUAACAAUGUGAUGUGCUGUUAUUUACAUAUGAUUUUUAAAAAAGCUGUUAUUAUUUAGUUGGACCUUAUAAUUAUCUUCAGAGUAGAUGUGCUGUAAAAUAAACACUCUAUUACCCUCCUUAUGCUAUGCUAUGGAAAUAUUGAGACUCACAUUAAACUUUUGUGCUUUUAACAAUUGUAUAAAUACAAAUUACACUGAGCGAAACACAAGGGAUGAAGAAGCUUUUGAUUCGAAGCUGUAGACUAUUGAACCAGACAUUAUAAUGAACGGUAUCUAUACCUAGUAAGAAAUAACAACAAGCAUGGCUAGUUCACAUUAAUUCAUUUUAGGUCGAUUGUGAAACAAAUUCUGCAGCUUGAAUAAAUUAUUCUCCACAUCUCGUUUCUAGCAGGAACCAUCGUCACAAGGGUUUGAGAGAAGAGGAGUCAUUUUUCCUGUUAAUACUGAGUGCCAAGCAAGCGAGUUAUUGGUACGAUUAUUCAAGCCUUUGGAUGACGCUGUCGGUAAGUGAACCAUGACCUCUGGCACCCGAACCUGACGCUCUACCUCUAAUGUUUCAAAGCGAUAUAUGGUUAAUGGAUGAUAUCACAAAACAUUUAAAUUGCCAAAUCUCGAAAUUCAUGUUUGCAGUAAUUUGUAGUUGUUAAAUGAAAACGUUUGUUGUAUCUGGGUUGGGUGAAUAGGGUUUUAUCCUCGGACAUUCUACUUUUUUCAUAGGCUCUUAAACACUUCCGCGAAAUGGUUGUUCGAUCAUAUCCAUGCAUAGGAAUGAUUCUACAAUACAAAAACUACAAUAUAGCAAAAGUGUUUCACUCAGUAUAGUUUAUGUAUAUGAAAAUGUCAAGAGCGCAAAGUGUUGAAUGCCAACAGUAUUUUCAUAGCAUAACAUACUCUUAUGUAAGUAGAAAGACUAUGGGGGUGUUUAUUUUAUGACACAUCCUCUGUGAAUAUACUCAAAACUCUAUUAAGGUCCAACAAGAUGAUAAUCGCCUUCUAAACAUUUAUUUGCCGGCAACAGUCUCUUAUUUAACAUUUUGAUAAUAAUGUGUCAAAACGUAAAGAAGCUUUCAUAUCAUGUUGUACUGUGAAUCUAUUGAAUCGAUUGUUUGCAAACAUUGGAAUAUUUGAAAACGCAGAACGUAAGUUUUCGGUCAUACAUUUACUUACUUAUGUAUAAUGUCAGGAUAAAGUCAAGCUAUUUACUUACCUUUUCUCCUGCAGUAAUUAUAUAAUUUCAAGGCUUUUCCAUGAAAUUUAAUGGAAUUAUUUGCAUACUACGUAUAUUAUACAACUAUGUCAGUGAUAACAUCGUAACUGGUAUCAGAAUGAGAAAAAAAUGAAUACCUUGAGUCUUCCUAUUGUUUCGUACUCCAAUGAUCAUUCAAUCACCAACCCCCUGAAACAAAAAUAAUUGAACCCCUGUAAUGACGUGUUUGAAAAGCACUAUGCAUCACCCAUUGAUUUUAGUACGGAACAUUACCAUGAAAUUAAAAUUGAGUUUUAACGAAAUUUAGAAGUUAAGAGAGAACGCAGUGGUUGGUCCAGUCGUAACACUGUGUGACUGUGAAACCAGGGGUUGUGCGUUCGAUCUCCUGCUUUUCCAACUAAAAUUUACGAUCAAGAUUUGGAUUAAGAGUCAUGAAACUUUUGGAAUUGGAGUGUCGUCUGUAUCCUCCACUAUCCUACAACUAAAAGUUACUAGCAGUCUCCUGGAGGAGUCGCUCCUAUUAUAUGAGUAAUCUUCACACAAAAUUUAACAAUCAUACAAAAGUAUAUUUUCAUUUUUGAAUGGUUUUUUCUUAAACAGUAAGACUUUUGUUACUACUCAUUUCUAUGCCAAAAUCUAUAAUCAGACUGCCAGAAAAUAAUUGCAUAUUCGUUGCUCAUUGUUACCCAGUUCUUUUGUCUUUUCUUUUACAUUUAAUCAUACUACACUUUAUACAUUUUAAACAUUUAAAAUCGGAAAUAUUUAUUACAGGGAUACAGGCUUCGUAUGUAUCUUUCAUUUGUGUUUUUUUUUUGUAUUUUGAUUGAUGCGACAAGAUUGUUUUAUUUGUUAAAGUUGUAGCUUACUGCAUGAAAAAUAGUCCGUGAAUCACAUUGUGUCCGCAUAAAUAGAUGAACAGUUAGUUUGUUGUCAAAUAUAGGGUUUGAGGCAUUUUACUUGAGCAUUCUGAAGUGUAAAUGUUCAAAUUUUUCCCCUGUUAUAUAAAUAUAAGUUUAAAAUUCUAGAGAAUUGUUUCUGAGAAUCAAAUGGUGCUGAAUAUACUUUAUAAGUUAAUUCUCAACUUUUAUCUUAAUUGUAACAGCUUUUGAAAAUAUUUAUUGGUUUGUAAUGCAUUUGCACUUGAAAACUACUCAAAAGGGCUUUGAAUUAUUAUUAUUUUUAUUAUUUUAGGGAUAGGUCACUUUUUGUUAUUCUGUUAAUAUUCCAUAUCAUGCAAUCAACCUUUCAAGAGAUACUAUUUACCUUUGGAAUGUUACGAAGUACAUAUCAUAGCUUGUAAAUAGUCCGGAUUGUUGGAAAUCAAAGUGAUAAAACCUGGUUUUGAAAAUCAAAAGUAAAGAAAGAUGAAUAUAUUAGCAUUUAUAGCUUGUAGGAUAUUCCUUUCAUAAAAUAACAGUGUCAUAUACUCUGCAAGCGGAUAUAUUCUAGAAAGAAAAUAUUUUAAAAUUAAUGUGCUUGAAUAUGUGCGAUCACAGUAAAAAGUCAGAUUGCAAAAGGAUUAUUGCGAAAUGAUAUAAUACGAGUCAAUACAUUUUAUCUUUAUACGUUUCCUUUCCGGUUUCUUACAUUUAUGUAUCUUUCAUGUAAACAGAAAUACUUUAUACCACAAGGUGCGUUUUGCUCUUGCUUCUUAAAAAAAUCUGUAGACAUUUCUUCAGUGGUUAAAAAUGAUUUUGACCACCUUCUAGACAUUUUUAUGAAAAAUUCCAAUUACAGCAGUUGUAAAUUUCUUAUGCAAUAUUUAGGUAGCGUAUACACCGCUUUGAAUGUUCCCUAAAGUGAAGAUAAAUGGGUAGGCCUCUUUUAUAGGACUAGUAAAGCAUUGAAUGUAAUGGUAAGAGUCACAAAGGACAAAGUUCUUAAAGCAAAAUCUGCAAUAAUGACCUUAAGACUCUCAAACUAUGGUAACUUCAGGCAACAGUGGUUUUAUUCAAUUUUAUUGCCGAAGCUAUUCCUGCAGGACCUUCAUUUAAUCGUACUUUUUAUGACAAAAUAGUCCGAGCUAAAAGCCGCAUCAUUUCUUUCAGAUAACUAAGGAUAUGAUCAAUGACGAUAAAGUGCGGAUGCGAUUGUUAAAUGAAUUAAAUAGAAUAUUUUUAUUUCAUGAUCAGAAUGAGUGAAUGAUCAGUUUUAAUAGCUCUAUACACAUGCGUCGGGUUACAAAAGCUUAUGAUGUGGGUGCUAUCUCAAAGGUUUUUGACCAUGUAUAAAUGGAAAAGUAAUUGGGCGGAAUCAGUGUAUAAAGGUAUCACGUAUCCUGAACUCAUUCCGAUACUAUUUGCAUUUUAUACAUGGGGAGAAAUUUUGAAAAGUAGGACAAUUGUACUAAGAUCUGACAAUCUUGCGCUGUAGACGUUUUGAAUAAAAAUAAAAGUCAUGACACUCAUACGACAUUUGAUGCUACUUAUUCUUGAGAAAAACAUUUAAGUUAAAGCAAAACAUGUAAGCGGGGAAAAGAAUGAGAUAAGUGACGCUAUAAAUCGUUGUCAGCGGCAAAAUUUUCACACAGUGCUCCACAGCGGCGCACAUAGACUGCCAUUUGCGGUGUCGGCAGGAUUAGCAAAGGUUCGAUUAUAUUGAUCUAUAUUUCCUAUGCCUUCUUCAGAGAACAAUUGUUUUCUACCAUAUUUCCCUGCCAGUAAUUAUACAGGGUGAGAGAAAAACAAUUAACUGGUAUCUAUCUCUACAAAUACAAUCUGACAAUGAUAUUAAGGAUGUCACGAUUUGAGUGUUUAUUAUCUAAACGUGUUAUUGAAUUAAUGAAGCGAUAUACAAAAUGAUGGGUGUAUUGAUUAAAAGUGUUUCUUAAGGGUAAGAUAUUAAGCUGUGUUUUUAAAACUAUAAAGCUAAUUAUAUAUUGACUGAAUAAAAUAAAAAUAAAACGAAUUAACAGAUGAAAUUGUGAAAAUACAGUGACUCAGGAAGGGCCUUUAGUUGUUCGCCCAUUUUGCGGUUUAGCUGUGUCAUAUUCAAUGAUUUACUUGAAACUCAUGUGGGCGAAAAAGGUAGAUCACUAGGUACUGCUGGAUCUUUAAAGACUGUGCAUGCUACAGUUUUAUUUUAAUAAAAUGUUUAAAUGGUAAAUACUAAAAUAUUUAUCUUUGUUAGGGUCAUUCUAUUUGCAGAUGUAAAAAAAAAAAACAAUGUAGAUACUUGUAUAUCUCAAAUUUUCAAUGCAAAUCAGGUAUAUUCACCAUCAUAGAAACACACAAGAAUACGAAUAUUCUGUGGUGGGGCUUUAAAUUCAUACCAAAUAGUAGACGUGAUAACAUUCGUAAAGUCGGAAUUAGAGUUAACAUAAAGAAAGCUGGCUGCUAUGUUAAUGAUCAUUUUCCGACUAAAGUAGAAGAGUACCGGCUUAAACUGUUUCCUAUAACGAAAAGAUACAGAAACGACCCAUUUAACACUCAAAACUAUAACCUUGUUCGAAACAGGAACUUCAUGUAGGAAAUUUACUUUGCAAUUUAGAAUCAGGAAAUUUUGAAAACAAUUCAUCUCGAGGACUGAAAUAAAAUGACCCAGCUACAUCAGCUCACAAUGUCAAUAAACACACGCAUUUAACAAAAAUAAGGUUUUAAGUAAUAGUUUUAAGGUUUUAGUAGAUUUCACCAUACCAAAUUCAUUUGCUGUCUCAGGGACAGCAGUGAACAAGCCGAACAAUCAACGUUCAUAGAGAUCCACUCAAGAAGAAAGGUCUGUCAAGAGAUAUUGCGACGAAACGAGUUCAGGUGACUAAGACGGGCCUUAUUAUAAUUAGACACAAUCCGAUAAUCGCAAGCUCGAGGCAAUAUGACGACACUUGUGAAAAUACACAAUGAAAUAGAAAUGAAAGUACAGCUAUAUAAGGCGUGAUUGUUAAAUCAAUUUACAAUUUUUGCAUACAAAUUUUGUUGAAAGUCGGUAGAUAUCAGGUACGUAUAUCUAUUGAUCGACAUAAUAGAUCGACAUGUAUGUGGAAUUGCACCAGUACAGUUAUACCUGAUUUAUCCUACCUUCAUGCAAAAUAAAGGCAAAAAUCAAGGGGUCAGAUAAAUUUUGCUUUAUCUGGUCAGUGACUAAAUAAAGCUUGGCGGACUACUUUUUGGAUUUUUUUUUUAAAACGACGCCAUCUUGUUUUUGAGAAUAACUGCUAAAAGACAUAUUUAUGCAAUUAUUUUCAUAAACGCGCUUUUAUUAGGUAUGUGAGACCAUCACAAAUGUAUAGUGUAUGCAUACCGUACUUGCAAUUACUACAAAAAGUUUUUAUAACGGAAACGCUCGGAGAAACGGAAAGUGACUCAUGUAUAGCGUUUGUUCAGAAUUUUAGCUUUCUACUCGUCAAUCUAGGAAUAUAUUGCAUCUGUAAUGGAGUGUUAUUGAAUAAAAUCAUCGAGGAAACGGUUUGCCUAUU